UUAGAAGUACACUGCAAAAUUAGAUAGGCUAGCUGUAAUUACUCCGCAGAUUGGAUUUGGGCGUCUUUGGCUUUUACUUUUUACGAGGAUCUUUCACACUUUUGAAACUUUGGCCACUCAACAUGUUGCAACUACUCAUAUUAGGAACUCAUCUUUAUUUCAUGUCACAUGCAGUUUCAGGUGCUUCCACUGCAGGCAUUCAUUCUACACCAGAUUCACAGGCCCUGGCCCCUGCCAGUAGCACCAUCGUGCCCAUCUCAGACUCUACCUUCUUCCUCUCCAUUAAAAUCACCAACCGAAUCUUCAAUGAAUCUCUCGAAAACCAGAGCUCAGAGGACUACAGGGAACUGCGAGGUGAACUCAAGCGACUGCUGGAUGAUGUCUACACAUCAGAGCCUUAUAAUUACUCAGGCAUCUCAGCGAUGACCUUCAGUAAAGGAUCUGUGGUAGCAAACACGACAAUUGUGUUCAGGACCACAGACAUAAUCCCCUCUGUGGUCAAAAAUCUAUUUCUCGAUUAUGUAAAGAAAAAUCCACCGUCAAAUCUUGAACUCAACAUCACUGAAGUGCAAGAGACUCCCCUGCCAGAUGUUGGACCUCAAGAAAAUGACACGACUAGUGCAACUACGCUGACCGUAUCUCCACGUCCCAACACAGCAACUGAAACUACUGUAAACCAUGAGUCCACCUCUUCAUCAGGAAUCACAAAUACUAAACCUACAGUUUCUGAAACUCCUCCUUUUACUCAGACUGUGGGUAGCAUGCCUAACACAACUCGUUUCCACUCAGAAAAUGAUACUAUUAUUAGUUCCUUAACAGGUUCCAUUAGCAGUACCACGGACACAACUAACUCUCCAUCAAGUCCAUCAAGUGAAAGUACCCAAUCUCAGCUGACUCAUGAUACUGAAGACUCCACAACUACUUCACAUUCACUCAGCAAUAGUACUGUCAAUCCCAUUACCAAUUUUUCUAUAUCAAGUAGUAGUGGAGGUUCCACAAGAAAUACAAGUUUUACAUCCAAUAGUACUACUAAUGAUUCCUUGUCAGAAACUUCUAGUCCACACAUAAAUAGUAGUAUAUAUAGUAGCAGUAGUCCUACUGUUCACUCACCAGUUAGUACUGCUAUGACUACAGUUAUUACUUCCUCACAUAAUACUACUAUUCAUUCCACUGAAAUCACAAAUGCUACCUCUUUAAAUAUAACCCAAUCUCCACCAUUGGCAAGCACUACUGACCACCCUAUUAAUGGCACUCCCAACACUUCAGAAAGGAGCACAGCUAAGUUUCACUCACCAGUUAGUACUGCUAUGACUACAGUUAUUACUUCCUCACAUAAUACUACUAUUCAUUCCACUGAAAUCACAAAUGCUACCUCUUUAAAUAUAACCCAAUCUCCACCAUUGGCAAGCACUACUGACCACCCUAUUAAUGGCACUCCCAACACUUCAGAAAGGAGCACAGCUAAGUUUGCGACGACUUUUACGCCACACAGCGCUUCUCCUCAUCCCAAUCCCGGAACCACUGCUCAGCAUGCUAGCAGCCGGCCUGCUAGCACUGCCAGCACAAGCAGCCCUCCGCUGGCCAAAACAACAAGCAGUCACACCACAAGAACCACUUCGGCACCACACCCCAGCCCGACCAGUUCAGCGAGCGCUGGCACGCAUGACCACACCGCAGCUGCAGCCGGCGGAAACAGCCAGGAGGUCCCAGGCUGGGCGAUAGCCUUGCUGGUGCUCGCUUCCCUCAUCCUGCUCUUCCUCAUCCUCCUCUUCGUUGCACUGCUGGUAUACUGGUGCUGUAAAAGAAGACAGUAUGACUUCAUGAACAUGUCUGAGGACCCUAGCAUCUAUAACCAAAUCAACCGUGGCGCUGAUAUUCCCAUGUACACCACCCACAGCCCCUUUGAGUCUUCCAAUGGCAAGCCCUAUGAGGAGAUGGACAAACCAAUAAAAAACCGAGCAACGUAUACCGUGAACCAUCGGUAAUUUCACUGAGGAAGAUUUCAAUGUUGACUCCAGCCAGUGGAAUCCUGAGUACUGAAGUGCAGUCUAUGGACAUUUUCUGUAAGACUGGUGGCAGGAGGUAUUGCUACUCCAACAUACAGGGUAUACUCAUACAUCCGCAGCAUCAGUGUCAGCCACCUUGAAGUCACACAACGAGAGCAAGUGUUCUUAAACUGUUUCUUUUUCGUAUUUUUAGUCGGUUGGUUUAGGGCUUGCACACACUCUAAUGUCACUAUGUGUAUGGUUUUUCAACGUACACUUUCAACGAUGUAAAUGUGCUAAUGACAUUAGCAUCUGUAGCAAGAAUGUUAAACUUCCAAUGGAGCAGACUUUCAUGUUAUUUAUAGCUUUGGCGAUUGUGAUAUACAGCAGACAGAAUGUGUAAUACACAUACUGGGGUUAAUAUUAAAUGGAGGCUCACAGGUUUUUAACAGUAGUUCAAGACUAGAAACCACUUUUAUAUUCAUCCAUGUUUUCAUGAAUAGAAUAUCAGGGUGAUUUCUGUGAUCGAUUGCUAGCUGAUCAUUCUUUUCUCAUGGCUUCAACUUGGACCAUAAAACAAACAAGAAUUUGAGACUUGAUAAGUGGUGCUUGGUCUGUAAUAUGUAUCUUAGCCAUUGAAUGAUAUACUCUAGAUUGUGUGCAUAUACAGUACAUUUCCAAAAGUAUGUGGACUCCCCUUCUAAUUAGUGGAUUUGGUUAUUUCAGUCACACCUUGCUCAUAGGUGCAAAAAAUCAAGCAUACAACCAUGCAAGCUCCAUUGACAAACAUUGGCGGUAGAAUGGGUUGUACUAAAGAGCUCCGUGACUUUCAACAUGGCACUGCCAUUGGAUACCACCUUUCCAGCAAGUCAGUGUGUCAGAUGUUUGCAUUGCUUAAGUUACCCCAGUCAACUGUAAGUGCUGUUAUUGUAAAGUGGAAACAUAUAGGAGCAACAACAGGUCUUGGUUGCAACACUCACUACAGUUCCAAACUUGGCCCCUUAGUUCCAGUGAAGGGAAAUCUAAAAUGACAUUCUUGAGAAUUCCAGCUUUGUGGCAACAGUUUGGGGAAGGCCCUUUCCUGUUUCAGCAUGACAAUGCCCCCAUGCACAAAUCUGGUGGGGAAGAACUUGACUGGCCUUCACAGAGCUCUGUCCUCUACCACAUCAAACAACUUAAGGAUGAACUGGAAUGCCGGCUGCGAGCCAGGUCUUAUGGCCAUCAUCAGUGCCCAAUCUCACUAAUGCUUUUGUGGCUAAAUGGAAGCAAAUCCCUGCAGCUGUUCCAAAAUCUAGUGGAAAGCCUUCCCUGAAGAGUGGAGGCUGUUUCAG